UUUUGCUCUCUCUGUGUCUUGUCAACAAAGAAAACUCUCUGCAGUUGGCAAAUUUAACAGAGAGAAACAGUGAGACUUGCAAGAGAAACGGAAAGCAGCUGCUUAAAGUAAAGAAAUUGUGUUAGAGAGAGAGAGAGAAGGAAGCAAGAUGAGCAGCAUAGGCACAGGCUACGAUCUAUCGGUGACCACGUUCUCGCCGGACGGUCGCGUUUUUCAGAUCGAAUACGCCGCCAAAGCAGUUGACAACAGCGGCACUGUUGUUGCUAUCAGAUGCAAAGACGGUGUUGUUAUGGGAGUGGAAAAGCUGAUUGCUUCGAAGAUGAUGUUACCCGGGUCUAAUAGAAGAAUCCACGCUGUUCAUCGUCACUCCGGCAUGGCUGUUGCUGGACUAGCCGCAGAUGGCAGACAGAUUGUGACAAGAGCAAAAUCUGAAGCUACUAAUUAUGAGAGUGUCUAUGGUGAACCAAUUCCUGUAAAAGAACUUGCAGAACGUGUGGCUAGUUAUGUUCAUUUGUGCACACUCUAUUGGUGGCUCAGGCCUUUUGGAUGUGGAGUGAUUUUGGGAGGUUAUGAUAGAGAUGGGCCGCAGUUGUACAUGAUUGAACCGUCUGGAGUUUCCUAUAGAUACUUUGGUGCUGCCAUUGGAAAGGGGAGGCAGGCUGCUAAAACGGAAAUUGAAAAAUUAAAGCUUUCUGAAAUGACAUGUCGACAAGGAGUCAUUGAGGUGGCCAAAAUUAUUUAUGGAGUACAUGAUGAGGCGAAGGACAAGGCCUUUGAAUUGGAAAUGAGUUGGGUUUGUGAUGAGUCAAACCGUCAGCAUCAAAAGGUUCCCGAUGAUCUAUUAGAGGAGGCCAAGGCAGCAGCUAAAGCAGCGCUUGAAGAAAUGGAUGCAGAUUAGUAAUGUUAUCCUGCUAUUUUGUUUUCAUUGAUUCCUCUUGUCAACUCUGCAGUAUGCUAUGGUGAUAUAAACAUAUGUAUGAUUAGUUUCCAUUGCCAGAUUUAUGUUGCCUUUGUCAACUUUCUCCAGCUUUACUUGAGGGAUUAUAUCAGCUUGAAGAUCUGUGUUACAGAAUUCUUGAAGUUUACUCAGCCAUUCCCUUGGUUUUCCGUGUA